UUUCACCUGUGUUCGUUCAGUUCAACCGCAACCACGGGGAAUUGUGUGGAAAUCUGCAAAGUGGCUCUGAAAAGGACCCCUAUAUUAGGGCCGCGCCCAAUGGACAGACACAAAACACCUCCCCUCACUCACUACCACGAGGAAAGGGACUUUCCGCCAGAGAAAAGGGAUAUAUGCAAAAGUGAAUUGUAUCGAAAAAGACGAUGUCAAAAUAUAAUCCCUCCUUCCGACAGCCAGAUAAGAGCUCUCGAGGACAGCCUCCGCAACCUUGACGGCAUCAGUAGUCCUUCCGGUAUCGGCACCACAACUUCCGUUGUGUUUUCUCUGCGCAACCAGAUCGGACAUCUAGCGAGCGCCCUCCGCAUAUUCCAGGAGAACAAUAUCAAUGUGGUGCACAUCGAGUCGAGGAAGUCGCGGCGGGCCGACGCUGAGUACGACAUCUACGUGGACCUGGAGACCGACACCAUCCGCCUGGAGGAACUGGUCAACCGCCUCAAGAGGGAGGUCGCCAACAUCACCUUCAACGAGCUCAACAUCCCCAUGUCGCCCCCACCAAAUGCAACUGCACCAUGUGACAUGGAACAGGUGCCCUGGUUUCCCCGGUCAAUCGGAGAUCUAGAUAUGUGCGCGCAUCGGGUGCUGAUGUACGGGCUGGAGCUUGACGCCGACCACCCGGGAUUCAAAGAUGAAGUGUAUCGGAAGAGAAGAAUCCUUUUCGCCGAACUCGCGAUGCAAUACAGCCAUGGCAAUCCGAUUCCAAGAGUGGACUAUACAGAAGAGGAAAUCCAGACAUGGGGCACCGUGUUUUCUGAGCUGAUGAAGCUGUACCCAACCCACGCCUGCCGGGAGUACCUCAGCAACAUCCCCCUUCUCGUGGAGCAUUGUGGGUACAGGGAGGACAACGUCCCGCAACUCGCAGAUGUGUCCAGGUUUCUCAAAGCGCGGACUGGCUUCCAGCUUCGACCAGUGGCUGGAUAUCUCUCGUCACGUGACUUCCUGGCUGGUCUGGCGUUCCGUGUCUUCCACUGCACCCAGUAUAUCCGCCAUAGUUCCGACCCCUUCUACACCCCAGAGCCCGACUGCUGCCACGAGCUGAUGGGCCACAUGCCCUUGCUAGCUGACCCCAGCUUCGCCCAGUUCUCCCAGGAGAUCGGACUCGCCUCCCUGGGGGCCUCAGAUGAAGAGGUGUCCAAACUAGCAACAUGCUACUUCUUCACUAUCGAGUUCGGUCUAUGCAAACAGGACGGCGAGCUGAGGGCAUACGGGGCUGGACUAUUGUCAUCUAUAGGCGAACUGAGGCACGCGCUGACCGAAAAGGCGGAGAAGAUCGCCUUCGAGCCUGUGCGGACCAGCACCCAGGAAUGUCUCAUCACCACCUUCCAAGACGUCUACUUCUUCACCGACAGCUUCGAGGAGGCCAAGGAGAGGAUGAGGCAGUUCGCUAGCACCAUCAAGAGGCCCUUCGCCGUGCGUUACAACCCAUACACACACAGCGUCGACGUCCUCAACAGCACUCGCUGCAUCGCAACCGUAGUGAGCGAGUUGAAAGGAGACCUGUGCAUCGUCAGCGACGCCCUCCGACGUCUCCAGAUAUUGGAGAAGCUGAAACAGGAGGAAGAGAGGAAGGAGACAGAGAUCUAAGCACUGGAAGAGGAACGAGGUGGACAUGGGUGUAUAAACUUGGGUGGUGAUAGGGGGGGGGGGGGAAAUGGCUGUUUUUGGUUAUUUUAUUAUACAGGGAGAGGAAUAGUAGCUGAUGAGGAUUGAAGUGUGGACAUUAUGAGAGGAAGUAAACAUUUACAAGUGAUGUUUUAGCGUUUCGAAAUAUGUUCUAGACCAGAACAGGGCUGAUGCUACCUGAUGGUUAUAAUGAUGGUUAGGCAGUGGGAACUGAAGCAUGAAUUUUUGUUGAUACUUUUUGAGACGAGUACGUGGAUUAACUAGUGCUUUUUACGAGCGCUUCCGGCUGAUGCUAAGUUCUCACUCGUAGCUGCUUCUACAUGAUGGUUAAUGGCGAGUUUGUACUUAGUGAAGAUACACAAUGGGGCGGGAUGUGCACUUAAGUGGUGUUAUCCAACAGCAUAAAGGAAUUUAUUUUAGUAUAAUGUCGGGUUGGUUGUGUAGGAGAUCGGAUAAUGUAUACUUUAGAAAUGGGUUGUUGGGUGGAAUAGAAUAGUGUUGUAGUGUUAUGGGUUGUUUAUAUUUAUUUAUCGGCAGGUUGGGUGGCUUUUUAUAUACGUGGUUUUGCUAAUGUGAAACAA